UAUUACCUAAGCGGCAAAUCACGAUGCACGAAUAAACAAUAACAAGCAGACGACGAACUGCCUCGUGCAGUGUUCGACGAAAAUGAUUUUGAAAGACAUAUUAUCUCAGCCUCCCGUUUCUACCGUAAUUCAAGAUUCGUGUUCACUUAAAGGACGACCUUUGUUCUUAAGUUUAAUUCGUCACUAUUCCGAGAAUGGCUAUUCCAUUCGUUACUUCAAAUACGAUUCACCUCUAUCCUCUGAAACUACCGAAAUGGAACAAUUAAAACUUUCUUGGAAAACAUCCAUUGUGGAUGGGAAUCAAGAUUUAAUGUCAGUUGAAAAUUCUUGGACAUCAGAAGCAAGAAAUGACCAGGUUUUGGUUGCGAUAGACUCACUGUCACCCCUGCUUCUGAAUUGGACUGUUGGGGCAAUUGCGUCAGCCUUGAGGAAUUUACAAAAAACAACAACAGUAUCUGUGAUUGCCUUGGUUCAUGGUGAUGUCCAUGAUAAGCACACUCUGCAAGCACUGAAUUACAUAUUUCCUUGUCACCUGGCUGUUCGCAGAGCACAGGGACGCAACCUCUGCAGUGGCACAUGGAGGAAAGCCAGUGGAAAAAUUACUGAUAGCGAUGAAUAUUACAGCAUCACAGAUAAAUGGGAGUUGAAAGAUGUCAAAGAGUUUAUUGAAAAUCAACCUGCAGUUAUGCCAGACUCUUUACCAAAAAAUGCAGUACCAAAGUCAACUUUUAAAUUAGAUUUGAAUGCCAGAGAAGAACAGGCUAGGAGUCAGGUCGUUUUACCUUACAUCAAAAAGCACAACGAAUCAUCAAGCGAACCGUCCAGGGGUAAAAUCAUUUACGAAGUUGAAGCGCCCGAUUGGGACGACGAAGACCCUGACGACGAUCUCGAAAUCUAAACAAUUCACUUGGUAUUAAAUUUCAAUAAAAAAAGUUCAACUUGAA